AGUAGGCAGCUUCGACUGUACUGCUGUUUGUCGUGUCCCGUAGCUAGCAAUGUAGAUGCGAGCAAAGGGUUAACUGUGAUGUCAGCUGCAGAGGCAGGGGCUGCUACUCACCGCAAACAGUUUCCACAUUGCUUUAAAUAAAACACCAGCACAGUCAGACAGGGUGUCAAACGCUAGCGACAAAAUACAUGAGCGAAAAGCAGCGAACAUCGACCGGAUUCAGUCGCUUCCGAGGAUCCACUAAGUACUUUUGAAUGGCUGUCAUCCUAACAUCUCUGCCGCGUCCCACAGCCAGACCAUGAAUUACGUGGGUCAGCUAGCCGGUCAGGUUUUUGUGCAGGUGAAGGAGCUGUACAGAGGCCUUAACCCCGCCACCCUGUCCGGCUGUAUCGAUGUAAUUGUGGUGCGUCAGCCCGACGGAAGUCUGCAGUGUUCACCUUUUCACGUCCGUUUCGGCAAGAUGGGAGUGCUGCGCUCCCGGGAGAAAGUGGUUGACAUUGAGAUAAAUGGGGAGCCAGUCAGUUUACAUAUGAAACUAGGUGAAAAUGGAGAAGCAUUCUUUGUCAAAGAAACAGAAAGUGAUGAGGAGAUGGUGCCGUUGCACUUGGCUACAUCGCCCAUAAUUUCAGAGGGCUCUGCCCUCAUGCAGGCCCAAGUUGGAAAAGGCCUGUCCCGUCUGUCUGAGUCUGGAAACGGAACCUCCAUUCAAACCCUGGGCCCCAUGCAGGCCCCUGGUGAAAGUUCAUUAAUGAAGAAGCGAAGGAAGAGGAGAAGAAAAUCUCAAGUAGACAGCAUAAAGCGAGAAGACAACGGAGACUUUUCUGAAGAUGAGGACAUGUUUCCCAUUGAAAUGAGUUCUGAUGAUGAUACAGUGGCUGCAGGAAGCAGAGCCAUGUCACGUGAGCUAUUUGCUGAGCAGGUGAAAGGAACUAGCAGCACAUACACACAGUCUGAAGAGAACUGGACGGCUGUUCAAAGCAAAGUGUUGGGGAAGACCUGCUCUUUACCCAUUCCCACCAGUUCAGGAUUAUCCAUUUCCUGCCCUCAACAAACAGCCAUGUUUCAGUCCACACACAGCAGCCCAAAUGGCUCCUUGCCAUCCACACCCAAGAGUGACUCCGAAUUGCUGACCAGCCAGAGGAGAGAAGGGAAACCGGACAACCCUGAGAUGCUCUGGACGUGGGGAGAGCUGCCUCAUGCUGCAAAGCCAUCAUUCCUGCAGCCCAUUUCAGAGCCUAUGGUGGUGACCUCAAGAUCAAUCCCACCAUCUGAAAGCAGACACUUCAGAGCCAUCACUGGAGAUGCAAUGGUUGAGUCUCAGGGCAGUGAUGUGUAUGUGCCUGAUCUCAAGGAUGAAGAGGCAACAUCUGUCGCUGCUGUAGAUGCGGAGGCCAUCAGUGCUGCAGCCCAUCUCAUCACAGACCUAGAGGAGGGGCGGCACAGUCCUGGAGCUCAUGCCAUUAGCAAGACAGACUCUCCAUCCAAGAAAAAAGACAAAAGGAGCCGGCACCUGGGAUCAGAUGGAGUAUAUCUGGAUGACAUCACAGAGUUGGAGCCUGAGGUGGCAGCCUUGUACUUUCCAAAGAGUGAUGGAGCAACUUCUGUGAGGGGUGGGGCAGAUCCGAGAAGUGCCAAUCAGUCCCCUCAGUCAGUGGGCAGCAGUGGGAUGGACAGUGGGGUGGACAGCUUUUCUGACCAGUUAGGAGACUUGCCUCAUAUUGCCAUCUCUCUCUGUGGAGGACUGUCAGAAAACAGAGAGAUCACCAGAGAGGAAUUCGAAGAACGAGCCAUAUCUUAUCAGGAGUUUGCAGAUAAUCCAUCUAUUAUUGAUGAUCCCAACCUGGUCGUAAAGAUUGGCACCAAGUAUUAUAACUGGACCACAGCCGCUCCUAUUGUACUCGCCAUGCAGGUUUUCCAGAAGCCCUUGCCAAAGGCCACUGUGGAGAACAUCAUGAAGGAGAAGAUGCCCAAGAAAGGAGGACGCUGGUGGUUUUCAUGGAGAGGCAGAAACAACAGCUCCAAAUCCGAAUCAGCAUCUGACCAGAUUGAAGGUGGAGAGGAUUCUAUAAGAACAGCAUCUGUGAGCAGGUUGAAGGAUGAAUCAUCAUCCAGUGAAGAUGACAGUGGAGGUGCUAAAGAGAAUCCUGUGAGCAAUCAGCCUGAAGUUCUCCACAGCACUGGAGGCCACUGCUACAGGAAGACUCUUCGUUUGUCUUCAGAAGAGCUAGCCAGUCUGCACUUAAAAGAUGGCCCCAAUGAUGUGGUCUUCAGUGUCACCACCCAGUACCAGGGCACGUGCCGCUGUGAGGGCAUGAUUUAUCUGUGGAACUGGGAUGACAAGAUAGUGAUUUCAGAUAUUGAUGGCACCAUCACAAGGUCUGACACCCUUGGCCACAUUUUACCCACUCUGGGUAAAGACUGGACCCAUCAGGGCAUUGCCCGUCUCUACCACAGAGUCAGCCAGAAUGGCUACAAGUUUAUGUACUGUUCAGCGCGGGCGAUUGGCAUGGCUGAUAUGACCCGGGGUUACCUGCACUGGGUUAAUGAGAGAGGCACCAUGCUACCCAUGGGACCUGUGCUGCUUAGUCCCAGUAGUCUGUUCUCUGCAUUUCACAGGGAGGUCAUUGAGAAGAAGCCAGAAAAGUUUAAAAUUGAAUGUCUGACCGACAUUAAAAACCUGUUCUAUCCAAACACAGAACCCUUCUAUGCUGCUUUUGGAAACAGAGCCACGGAUGUUUAUUCAUAUAAAGAGGUUGGAGUGCCUUUAAACAGAAUAUUCACUGUGAAUCCUAAGGGAGAGCUCAUCCAAGAACAUGCAAAGACCAACAUAUCAUCUUAUGAACGUCUGUGUGAGGUUGUGGAUCAUGUCUUCCCUCUUCUGAUAAGAGGGAACACCACUGACUUCCCCUGUUCAGACACCUUCAGCCAGUUCACCUUCUGGAGAGAGCAGUUACCAGAGGUAGACAAGCAGGAUCAACAUGCCAAGAGCAGCUGAAAAAAGAUCAAAUGCCCUACAAACUCAGCUCUUAACACUGCACUGCCAUAGGUAUUCCUCUUCGCACAAGCAACUUAGCACUUUGCAGACCGCAUGCCGCCCUCUGCCUGUCCUUUUAAUAUUAUUUUACAUUUUUAGUUUGUGCUAGUGUUUUUUUUUUUAACUUGAAAUAAUCUGAAUCUGGUAGGAUAUUAUUAUAUAUAUAUACUUUUUAUUAAUGAGGUUACAGCUAUUUUAAAGUGCCAAAUGCAUUAUUCAUAACCAAGGUAAUUACAUUAUGCUAUUAAAAAAAUGGUCUAUUGGCUUUUUCCAAGGUAGUAAAGAUAUAUGAGGGAAUACAGUUAUUUUAGUACAUAGUAUAAAACGUUUUUGAGCAUUAAAACAUGAUGAGAGAUUUUCAUUAAAUUAAAUAAUAAUAAUAAUAAUAAUAAAUAAACUCAGCUGUAGGUAUAAAAGCCAGCUUUAGUACUGUAUAUCUCAGGUGAUACAGAAUUUACACAAGGUACUCUUUUAAAACUUAAAGUGACCUUUCAUAAAUUAUUUUACUACUCCAUUUCCUUAACAACAAAAUUACAAAUGCAAGUGGAUCGGUGUAAUUGUGUCAUCCUGGACAACAUUUUACCAUAUACACACUUUACGUUUUGCCAAAAAACAUAUUAUUAUGAGGUAACUUUGCAUUCCUUAUUAUAUGUGUGUAUGUUAAGUUUGCAACUCUUACCAGCAAAUAUGAAUCAUGCAGGAACUGAUUUUGUCAUACCUCAUACCUAUUAGCAUGUUAAAGAAAAACAAACUAGACAAAAGCAAACAACAAUGCAAAGAUCACUCAGGUCAUGAAGUAUUUCCUACCUGUAUUAAUUCCUUUAUAUUAACGAGAUAUCUAUUACAUCUUAAUCCCUUUCAAUAAAUAUAUAUAUAUAUAUAUAUAUAUAUAUAUAUAUAUAUAUAUGUAUAUAUAUAUAUAUAUAUAUAUAUAUGUAUAUAUAUAUAUAUAUAUAUAUAUAUAUAUAUAUAUAUAUCACACCUGAGAAAAAAAACGUUUUUUUUUUUUUUGCUUAUUUGAGUAAUUAAGAAUAUAAAAUCUCCUGAUUCAUACUGAAUGCUAUUGUUAAUUUUUUUUUAUAUAUAUAAUCUUUAUAUUCUACCACCACUAACACCUCUACCCAAUUGUGUAUUGUUUUUGUCUUUAAAUUAAAGGAUGAAACGGACUGUAUUAUAAAAGCACUGUAUAAUGAAAUAUAAGACUUGUGUGAUGCAUAAAUGGACAAGCUCUUGUGUAUUCUCAAGUCUGUGGUUUUCCAUGGUUAUAAAGAAGCACAUUAAAUAAGCACUGAUGUGAUGCAUGAAUGAUGAAGGGGCUUUAGGGAUUGAUUUAUGUGUAUUUUAAUGUUAACCGUCUUAUUAUUCCGCAAAGAAAAAAAAAAUAAAAGAAAAAAAGAGUAUAUGAAAUGUAUGUGUGCAACGUGAAAAUGCAAUUUGUACUGAUCUCUAAUUGGUUCAGUUCGUAAUACAAAAUGAUUAUAAUGUCAGAUGACUGCUACAAACACUGUGAAUGAUCAGGUCAAACAUUGUAGAUUGUUUCUGCUCUUUCUACCUGUCUUACAUCUUCAGUUCAUUGAGAUUUAUUACUUUAAACAAAAAAACAAAAAAAAGAAACCUGAAUAAUAUAAGACUGUGUAAUAUGUUUUCUGUUCACUUGAAUUGUAACACCAAUAACAUUCAGUUGCAAUAGCUUUUGUUCUGUUUGCAGUCUCUAUGGAGUUUUAUAAUCUUUCUGUGAAAGAUCUUGUUGCCUAGGUUGUGGCGGUUAGUUUGUUUGUCGAGAUGUAAAAACUUUGGUUGCAUGUAUAUUUUAAGAUGCCAAAUCUCAGUAAGUAAAUUAAAAUCUCAUAACAUGAAUCAAAAAA